CUCUGCCCUCCCUCUCCGCUUCCCUCCGCUUCCCCUCUCCGCCUCUCCGCCUCUCCGCCACCUCUCCCCCUCCCCCUCCCCUCCCCCUUCACCUCCAGCAGCCUUUCCUCCUCGGCUCAAGGGCAAAGUGUUCCCGAGCUGCUGCCCCAGCCUCCGAGGCCGCCGCGUCUGCCUUCGUCGGCGCCGCCUCAGCCAUGCGCGCCGCCCGGUCGUGCGUCGUCGCCGCGCUGGCGCUGCUGGCGCUCCGCAGCAGCCUGACGUUCGUGGCGCCUGGCUCCGCGGGACGACGCGGUAGACCCUCGAAGACGGCGGCCAGGUACACCACGCAGACAAUUUUGCCCGCCCUCGCGUGGAUCAAGACUGGCUUCAAGGAGAGUGACCUUGCCCCAACCGAGCUGAGGGCGGUCAACCUUGGCGGCGUCGACGUGCUGGUCGGCAAGACGGAGGGCGGCAAGCUCUUCUGCGUGGGCAACCUGUGCCCCCACCUCGGCACUCCGAUGAGCGAGGGGGCCGACGUGAUCGGCGACACGAUCGUGUGCCCGCUGCACGGCUCGUCGUGGAAGGUCAACGAUGGUGAGCUGAUCGACUGGUGCCCCAGCCCGCCCAUCAUCGGCCCGCUCACCGGCCUCGUGAUCGAGAAGAAGAAGCUCGCAAUCUUCGAGGCAGGAGCGAUGGGGGCUCGCGAGGCGCACAGGCCCACGCCGCGAAGGCGCGCUCGGGCUUCUUCGGAGGCGACAUCGAGGUGCAGGUGGACACGAACGCGAAGAAGGCGUACGAGGCGGAUUACUGGAAGGGCAUCCUCGACGCUCAGGGCAAGAACGACGGCACGUACUACUGAUGCGGAGCACUCUGUUCCGAAAGGUGAACAGUGAGGGGGGGAGCACGGAGGGGGGGCUGAGGGACGCCUAGUUUUCCGAAUGCAAGCUUCUGCACCCGCCGGCAAGCUGCCCGCCGACGAAGGCAGGCGGCUCGCGGCCCGCGCACGUCUCUUUUUUUUACACUUUGGUGCCGCGGAAAUGGCCUGGCGCAGGGCGCGGCUCGAGAAGGUUGUCUGCGGAGCGGCUGCUCCCGCGUGCCCGGAGAGAAGCCACGUUC